AUGCCACCGUCGGGCAAGCCCAAGGAGUGGGCUCGGAUCCUGGAGGCGCGGGCGGUCACUGUCCGCCAAUGGGAGACCCGGCGGGCGGCGAGGAGUGCAGCAUUCGCCGCGUGGCAGCAGAGGCUGAGGGACGCCGAGGCCGAGGAGGCCGCACUCGCAGCCGCCGUCGGCAACGCAGCCGCCGCUACCGUCACCACGUGCGCGGACGCCACCACCACCGCCACCACCACGCUCACCAUCACCACCACCAUCGUCGCCGCCGAGGCAGCAGGAGUGACACCUGCCACAGGCGCAGGUCGCGCAAGCGCUGCGGACCAUCGUGGUGGAGGGGCGGCGGUGUCAUCAGAAGACGGUCACGUGGACGUGGCCCGUGCCCGAGGAGGCAGCAGAGGAGGCCCGGAUGCGGGUGGCCAUCGAGGCCAUCGAGUGGCAGCGCCCACCGCCGUUGAACCAGCGCGAGCCGAGGGCCAAGUCGGCGAAACGCGUCGCGGAGACGGCCGAUCGCGAGGCCCAGGAGGGGCUGGAGAAGGGGCCAUGGGAGUGGCCAUCACCGCCGGAGACGUCGCGGGACGCGGGGCCACCACCGAAGCUGGCGCGGCAGACUUCGUGCCCGGAGACGCGAGCCCCACCGGCGAGGCCGGCGCUGCGAAGACAGCAGUCGGAGGGCGCGGAACCGUGGGCGGAGGUUCCGGAGGCGACAGCGACAGCGAGGGAGGCAGAGGAAGGCCAGGUGGGCCAAGCUCGUGCUGGAGGAGGGACAGCACAACCGAGUCAAGGUAG